AUGGGAGCUCGCUCAUCCCGCCCAGAUAUCAAUGAAUGGGAUUGGAGUGAAAUCGAACAAAUGACUGGUUUAUCUAUUCAACAAAUUCGAGAUAUUCAACAAGAAUGUUUUCAAACAACUGAAAAUGAUGGAGCAUUAAAUAUGGAUGAAUUUGUUAAUGUUUACAUUCGUUUAUAUGGUGAAGAACGUCAACAAGACUUACAACAACAAACUGUUCGUGCCUUUGAAACAUUUGAUCGAGAUCGUUCUGGUACACUUUCAUUCGAUGAAUUUCUUAAUGCUAUUGUUAUGAUGAAUCAUGAUAUAUCUCGUAUUGAUCGUAUUGAUUAUCUUAUUCGUCAAAAUAAUACAUACGGGCGUCAACAAAGUGAUAGACGUAUUUCAUCAGAGUAUGGUCAUCAAAUCUUUCGUCGUCUUAAUGAUUAUUAUGAUUUACCACCAGGCACAGAACAUCAAUGUUGGAAACAAAUUGAUUUAGAAAAUCUUGGUUAUGUUACUCAAGAAGAUAUUAUGGAUUAUAUUUCACAACAAAAAGCUUAUAAUCGUCAUAGCCAUAAUCUUUUAUAA